GUCAGCCACUAAGCACCAUACCUCUUUCUGACGGUACCUCUGAGAUGACGGUCGCGGAGCUGCCCUGCGCUCCCUUGCCGGAAACCAAUGCACAUAUCGAACUGUCUCUCCUCGAUGGAGGGAGCUUUAUCGGUGAAUUUUCCAAGCUUCAUGCCGGCGUUACUAAUGGAAUAUUUCGAAUGUACAACUGGGCCUUCUAUAUUUCGCACAAGGGCCGACACAUUCUUUGGGAUCUUGGACUGGACGAGGAUCGAUCAUGUUAUACACCGUGGGUAAACCAAUUCAUGUUAGACAUCGCGAAUCAUGUUGGUCCAAGGAAGUCGAUCAUUCAUCAGCUUAGCGAAAGGGGUGUAGCAGCUAGCCAGAUAGAUACAGUCCUAUUCAGUCAUGCACAUUGGGAUCAUAGUCGACCUAUCCGUGAUGAAUUUCCUAAUGCAACGGCGUACUUUGGACCAGGCACAAAAGAUGGAUGUUCUCCUGGCCAUAUGGCGGACCCGAGUCUGCAAUGGGAUGGGCGUUUCUUUGAUCCCGAGAAAGCAACCGAGAGAUGGGAAGAGCUCGAGGGUUCUUGGGUAACAUUUGGGCCGUUUGAAAGAGCUAUGGACUACUUCGGCGACGGAAGCUUUUGGGUCAUUCAGGCACCAGGCCAUAUGGCAGGCAAUCUUUGCGCGGCGGCUCGCCUAGAGAGCGGAGCAUGGGUUCUAUUAGGUAGCGACUGCUGUCAUUCAAGGGAGCUCUUGGAUGGGGAAUACGAGAUUUCUCAAUUUUGCGUUCCAGGGGUAGGGAAAACGUCAUUGCAUGCUGACAUUCCUGCAGCCAAAAGCACCAUUGAUAGGAUCCGGAUCCUAGAAAAGAACUAUGGGUUCCAUGUUGCUUUGGCACACGAUGCUGCCUGGAUGAAGAAAGGGUCUGAUCUGGUUUUGAUGUCACUACUGGACGAGCAUAUGAAGAAGGCAGCUAAAGAGCGUAUAACCAAGGACGAGAUACCAUAG